AUGUCUUCAGAACUGAGAGAAGUGCUUGUGGAGGUUUAUGUCAAUGGCGUCUUCUACUGCACUGAUAGUUUCUGGGCAUCAGAUGACAAAGAUGUGGAGUCAGAGAUCACCAGUGCCAUCUAUGACCAUUUCAGUUGCUAUAAACGAGAAAACAUACAUGUGCAGCUGGAAGAAGUCUCCUGUGAGGAGAAAGAUGUGCAGCUGGAAGCUGACAUCAACGAUGCUAUCUCAGAGUCUGUAUUGCUGGUGUUUGAAGAACUGACCGAUCCACUGGGGCCUUCCACAAAAGUGGAGGGAAGCAUCAGUGAGACUGAUCAGGAAGAAUUUGCCAAAGUGAGAAAGACAAUGAGUGAGUUCUUCCGAACUGGGAUCUCAUCACAGUCUAAGACUGAUCCGGCUGUUUCCGAGUCGCUGUGUGAGGAGGCAGGAAGCAGCAGUGAGAUCGGUCAGGGAGACAUGGAUGCUUCAUCUGAAGUCUCUGAGGAGGACAUCCCAAUAGACUUUGCCAAAGUGAGGAGGACCAUUAGUGAGUUCUUCCGGACUGGGAACUCAGCAAAGCCCAAAACUGAUCUGGCUGUUUCCGAGGUCCUGUGUAAAGGUGUAGGAAGCAGCAGUGAGAUCGGUCAGGGUGGCAUGGUUGCUUCUUUUGAUAUCUGUCACGAGGACAUCGCAAUAGAAUAUGCCAUAGUGAGGAAGACAAUUAGUGCGUUCUUCCAAAAGCGUUUUGAGAUCUCAGAACAGCCAGAUCCAGAUGUUUCAGAGUCACUUUGUGUCCCAGAUGCAAGUGUUCUUGGACCAAAAUCUGAACCUUUGUCCUCAACAUCUGAGCUUAUGGAACCUGGACUGGAUCCUGAGGAAUGGUCUAUCCUGAACAGUUCUGGACCGGAACCUGCAUCCCCAGAAUGUUUGGUGGUUGACAUCAGUGAUGCCACCUCAGAGCCGAGGAGCCAAAUGAUGGUGUCUGAAGACCUGACCGAUCCAGAAGGGCCUUCAGCGGAAGUGUUAGGGAGCAGCAGUGGGAACGAUCAGGGAGACACUGCUGUUUCUCCUGAAACCCCUGAGGAGGACAUCCCAACAGAAUAUGUCAAAGUGAGGAAGAUCAAUAAAAUGAGUAUGUUCUUCAAAAAGCUUUUUGGGAUCUCAGCACAGCCUCAGAAGGAUCCAGCUGUUCCAGAGCCUCCGUGUAUCCCAGAAGCAAGCGCUCCCGAGCAAGAACCUCUUGUGACAGAGCUUUCAGUCUUAGAGAAUUAUAUUCCUCAAAAUAUUUCUCAGCUGAAAAAACGUUUGGAGGAACAUACACCAUCUGAGACACCUGUCACUGAGGUCUGGCCCAACAUCUUCUUGGGAAAUGAAGAGACCGCAAGAGACCGAACCAAACUCAAAGAGAUGGGUAUUACCCACAUCUUAAACGCAGCAGCAGUGAAGAAGAAGUUGAGGGUCUUGAUGGGAAUGCCAAAAGCGAAAGACCUGAAUGGAAAGAUUAAUACAGGGAAGAAAUAUUACAGAGGCAUGAACAUAAAAUAUCGUGGCUUGCCUACAACACACAGAGAUGGCUUGAACAUGGGCAGGUACUUUUUACCAGCUGCCAAAUUCAUCCACAAGGCCCUGAGGAACCCAGACAAUAAGGUGUUCAUUCACUGCAGUGAUGGUGUCAGCCACUCACCUACACUUUUGCUGGCAUAUCUGGUGAUCCAUCAUGACAUGAUGGUGGAGGAAGCCAUCGAUCAGGUUAUAAAGGUGCGACACAUCAAGCCCUCCAUGAGCUUCCUGACGCAGCUGAUGUCCCUCAAUGCUGAACUUGUGGAGCAGCGAAAACAACCAGAACUGAGAGAAGUGCUUGUGGAAGUUUAUGUCAAUGGCGUCUUCUACUGCACUGAUAGUUUCUGGGCAUCAGAUGACAAAGAUGUGGAGUCAGAGAUCACCAGUGCCAUCUAUGACCAUUUCAGUUGCUAUAAACGAGAAAACAUACAUGUGCAGCUGGAAGAAGUCUCCUGUGAGGAGAAAGAUGUGCAGCUGGAAGCUGACAUCAACGAUGCCAUCUCAGAGUCUGUAUUGCUGGUGUUUGAAGAACUGACCGAUCCACUGGGGCCUUCCACAAAAGUGGAGGGAAGCAUCAGUGAGACUGAUCAGGAAGGCAUGGAUGUUUCUCCUGAAACUUCUGAGGAGAACAUCCCAACAGAAUUUGCCAAAGUGAGAAAGACAAUGAGUGAGUUCUUCCGAACUGGGAUCUCAUCACAGUCUAAGACUGAUCCGGCUGUUUCCGAGUCGCUGUGUGAGGAGGCAGGAAGCAGCAGUGAGAUCGGUCAGGGAGACAUGGAUGCUUCAUCUGAAGUCUGUGAGGACGACAUCCCAAUAGACUUUGCCAAAGUGAGGAGGACCAUUAGUGAGUUCUUCCGGACUGGGAACUCAGCAAAGCCCAAAACUGAUCUGGCUGUUUCCGAGGUCCUGUGUAAAGGUGUAGGAAGCAGCAGUGAGAUCGGUCAGGGUGGCAUGGUUGCUUCUUUUGAUAUCUGUCACGAGGACAUCGCAAUAGAAUAUGCCAAAGUGAGGAAGACAAUUAGUGCGUUCUUCCAAAAGCGUUUUGAGAUCUCAGAACAGCCAGAUCCAGAUGUUUCAGAGUCACUUUGUGUCCCAGAUGCAAGUGUUCUUGGACCAAAAUCUGAACCUUUGUCCUCAACAUCUGAGCUUAUGGAACCUGGACUGGAUCCUGAGGAAUGGUCUAUCCUGAACAGUUCUGGACCGGAACCUGCAUCCCCAGAAUGUUUGGUGGUUGACAUCAGUGAUGCCACCUCAGAGCCGAGGAGCCAAAUGAUGGUGUCUGAAGACCUGACCGAUCCAGAAGGGCCUUCAGCGGAAGUGUUAGGGAGCAGCAGUGGGAACGAUCAGGGAGACACUGCUGUUUCUCCUGAAACCCCUGAGGAGGACAUCCCAACAGAAUAUGUCAAAGUGAGGAAAAUCAAUAAAAUGAGUAUGUUCUUCAAAAAGCUUUUUGGGAUCUCAGCACAGCCUCAGAAGGAUCCAGCUGUUCCAGAGCCUCCGUGUAUCCCAGAAGCAAGCGCUCCCGAGCAAGAACCUCUUGUGACAGAGCUUUCAGUCUUAGAGAAUUAUAUUCCUCAAAAUAUUUCUCAGCUGAAAAAACGUUUGGAGGAACAUACACCAUCUGAGACACCUGUCACUGAGGUCUGGCCCAACAUCUUCUUGGGAAAUGAAGAGACCGCAAGAGACCGAACCAAACUCAAAGAGAUGGGUAUUACCCACAUCUUAAACGCAGCAGCAGUGAAGAAGAAGUUGAGGGUCUUGAUGGGAAUGCCAAAAGCGAAAGACCUGAAUGGAAAGAUUAAUACAGGGAAGAAAUAUUACAGAGGCAUGAACAUAAAAUAUCGUGGCUUGCCUACAACACACAGAGAUGGCUUGAACAUGGGCAGGUACUUUUUACCAGCUGCCAAAUUCAUCCACAAGGCCCUGAGGAACCCAGACAAUAAGGUGUUCAUUCACUGCAGUGAUGGUGUCAGCCACUCACCUACACUUUUGCUGGCAUAUCUGGUGAUCCAUCAUGACAUGAUGGUGGAGGAAGCCAUCGAUCAGGUUAUAAAGGUGCGACACAUCAAGCCCUCCAUGAGCUUCCUGACGCAGCUGAUGUCCCUCAAUGCUGAACUUGUGGAGCAGCGAAAACAACCAGGCAGCAAAGUGCUACUAAAAACAUAGCACAGACUAUUUAAUAAUUACUAAUACUUAGACUAUUUGCACAUGAAUUUGAAUACAAUUUUGUGAAUAA